GGAAAGCCUAAGUGGCAUAAAAAAACUUGGAAUUAUUGGCACUUUCAUGAAGGGGUGCAUACUUACGAAGCUCCCUGCCAUGUUUACUCGCCUGGAAGAUAUUGGUUUUAUGAUAAAUUUUGAGGAUGAGAGACAAGUCUUGACCGCGUGUUCAUUGUUACAGAAUGCCCCUAACUUGAAGAAGCUUCUCAUGUGGAGUGACUCUUCGAGCGCAUGGGAUCAGGAUCAGGCCAGCAUUCAAGAGCUUACCCUGCAAAUGCAAAUGGACCAUCUCAUAACGGCCAGUGUGAAAUGUUUCCAGGGUUUGGACUAUGAAGUCGAGUUCGUGGGAAAGCUAUUGAGCUGUGCACCUGCUUUGGAAGAAAUGAAAAUAGAGUGGGAGGCUGAAAUGGCCCGCAGCAUGGUUCUUACCAAGCUAUUAGCUCUGCCGAGGGUGUCUCCCAUGGCCAAGAUCAUUGUUACAUGAUAAGUAUGAUCCCUCAUCACAUUGCCGAUCUAAUUUGCUGCGGGUAGAAUUAUUUUGGCUUUGUUUAUGCGGAUGUACCAGCUAGACCUGGUGGUUAUAUAUGUGUGUGCAUUGGACUCAAAUCAUUAGGUGGCGGUAGUGUGUUUUGUUCGGUGGGAGUACUUGAUGUGCUAUCAGCAAGUGUUUUCCAUAUGAAA